CUGCUGCUGGUCUUGGCGCUAGUUUUUUUCCUGAUCUAUCUCCAAAAACCCGAACCUGAAAGCAAGAAGAAUUAGGGGUAGGGGCGGUUCUUCUCUAUGCAAAUAAGGCACCAAAGAUGCGAGCGCUCGAGUCCUGAAAAGAAAACUCUCCGGGAGAGCGAAGAGAAAAGCCGGAGCAGGGUUUGCCACUAACAGCCACUUCCCUAACUGCACUGUCGGAGCAGGCCAGACAUGGGAGACACGGGCAAAGAAGAGUAUAAAAUACAGUCGUUCGAUACCGAGACGCAGCAGUUACUGAAAACUGCUCUCAAAGACCCCAGCAGUGUGGAUCUGGAAAAAGUGGCUAAUAUCAUCGUGGACCAGUCCCUCAAAGACUGUGUGUUCAGUAAGGAGGCUGGGCGCAUCUGCUACACCAUCAUCCAGGCAGAGAGCAAGCAGGUGGGCCAGAGCAUUUUCCGACGGAGUCUGCUUAACCGACUGCAGCAGGAGUAUAAGGACCGGGAAGAGCUGCGAGCCCGCUCACCCCAGGCAUGGAUCUGUUACGUCACCUUCAUCUGUAACAUCUUUGACUACCUGAGGGUGAACAACAUGCCCAUGAUGGCGCUGGUGAACCCAGUUUAUGAAUGCCUGUUCCGACUGGCGCAACCUGAUAGCCUGAAGAAGGAGGAGGAGGUGGACUGCCUGGUGCUGCAGUUGCACCGCAUUGGUGAACAGCUGGAGAAGAUGAACUCCCAGCCAAUGGAUGAGCUCUUCUCCCUUCUCCGAGAUGGUUUUCUCCUGGAGGAGGGGCUCAGCUCACUCUCUCAGCUCCUGUUGCUGGAGAUCAUAGAGUUUCGGGCUGCAGACUGGAAGAUGACAGAUGCGGCUCAAAAAUACUAUUACAGUGAAGUCACAGAUUAAACCUUCCAUAGCCAGAACUAACUCACUUAGAGGCUCAAAGUUUCACCCUGGCACUUUCACGAGCAAACGUCACACAAAUAUUUUUCAGAUAUUUUUAAGUUAACAUUUUUCUAAUGCUUUUUCUAAAUAGGAUUUAUAUUGUUUACUCCCAAUAGACCCUUCGUACUGUGUCUUUGCUGGACUGCAACGGGGGAGAGUUUGAUUUAGGGGCAAGGGCAGUUUUAACCUAGCCAGAGCUUCCAUUCUCUUUAUCUAUGGCUCAGGUUAAUUAAUGCCUCUCAAACUGCUGAUUAACUGUAUCCAGAGCUUCCAGCUCAAAACAGCCAUUUACAGUAGCAGUCAGGAAAGCACAGCCAAUGGUUUAUGCUGAGAUCAGCUCUUAUGUGCCAACUCCGUCAGCCACCAACAGAGUUUAGACAAGUGGAAGGAAAAGCUUUCGCAGCUCAUUUGGAAAACUGCCCUCUUUGCUGCUUACUGCCACAUGGAAGCCGUGCCCAUAAUACACAAACCAAGCUUUAAAAACAGGAUGAGUCUCAUCUUGCCUUCCUGUGAAAUCAAUGGGAGCAUGAUUGAGCCCUUUACAUGGGCAACCACUUAUUUCUCCCAACCCUGCGCUCGGGCAGGCUGGGUGCCUAUGGACAGCAGAAGUAACACCUGCUCCUGGAGGAAGGAGACGCCAGCCAGUGUACAUCAGAGCAGCAAUUUCCUUGAGCACAUGUAGCUAGAAACUGUUUUUAUGAGUUUUAUAUAGUAACCACUAUGGAAUUUUUUCCAAAAAAACAAUUUAAUGAACUUCAAUAUUGUACAUUUCUGUUGACAAAAGGGACAGGCAAAGGACAAAUAAAUGUUCUAUUGAGGUUUUUUCUAAUAAAAGUUUUCCACUAAUCAA